GGCUCUAUGGGGCUCCAUGGGGUGUCACUGUGGGUCUCUAUGGGGCGUCGCUAUGGGGCUCUAUGGGGCGUCGCUGUGGGUCUCUAUGGGGUCUCUGUGGGUCUGUUUCUAUGGGGCUCUAUGGGGUGUCGCCAUGGGUCGCUAUGGGGUGUCAUUACCGGGAGUCACCACGCGGUGUCGCUGUGGUUUCUACGGGGGUUUCUCUAUGGGGUUCGCUAUUGGGGCGCGCUAUGGGGCUCGCUAUGGGGCUCUAUGGGGUCUCUGUGGGUCUGUUUCUAUGGGGCUCUAUGGGUAGCUAUGGGGUCUUGUUAUGGGUCUCUAUGGGGUGUCACUAUGGGGCUCUUUGGGGUCUUGCUAUGGGGCUCUAUGGGGCUUUUGUGGGUCUGUUUCUAUGGGGCACUAUGGGGCGUCGCUCUGGGUCUCUAUGGGUUCUCUGUGGGUCUGUUUCUAUGGGGCUCUAUGGGGUCUUGCUAUGGGUCUCUAUGGGUCGCUAUGGGGUGGCGCUAUGGGGCGUCGCCAUGGGGCGCUGUGGGGUGUCAUUACCGGGUGUCACCACGCGGUGGCGCUGUGGGGCGCUACGAGUUGUCAUUACCGGGAGUCACCACGCGGUGUCGCUGUGGUUUCUACAGGGGUUCUCUAUGGGGUUCGCUAUGGGGCGUCGCUGUGGGUCUGUUUCUAUGGGGCUCUAUGGGUCUCUAUGGGGUGUCGCUAUGGGGCUCUAUGGGUCGCCGUGGGGCUCCAUGGGGCUGUCGCUAUGGGGCUCUAUGGGGUCUCUGUGGGUCUGUUUCUAUGGGGCUCUAUGGGGUCUUGCUAUGGGGCUCUAUGGGGUCUUGCUAUGGGGUGGCGCUAUGGGGCGUCGCCAUGGGGCGCUAUGGGGUGUCAUUACCGGGAGUCACCACGCGGUGUCGCUGUGGUUCUACGGGGGUUCUCUAUGGGGUUCGCUAUGGGGUGUCGCUAUGGGUCUCUAUGGGGUCUUGCUAUGGGGCUCUAUGGGGUCUCUGUGGGUCUGUUUCUAUGGGGCUCUAUGGGUCGCUAUGGGGCGUCGCUCUGGGUCGCUAUGGGGUGUCGCUGUGGGGCGCUAUGGGGUGUCAUUACCGGGUGUCACCACGCGGUGGCGCUGUGGGUCUCCAUAGGGUGUCAUUACCGGGUGUCACCACGCGGUGUCGCUGUGGUUCU